AUGAAAAUACAUGAACAUAAAGAUUUUAUAUUAAAAUUAAUUAAACAAUGGUGUUUAAGUAACAAAGAAAACUUUAGUUUAGACGAUUUUCAAUCAAGAGGUGGGGAGAAUUUUAUAUUAAAAUUACAUGAUAAUUAUAGUAAUUUAGAAGCAAUAAUUACAUGUGAAUGUGGUUCAAAUUUCUCAUUCAUGAAAAUGGAUAAUCAAUUUCAAUUAUCAAAUUUUUAUAAACAUAUAAAAAAGUUGAAUUGUUCAUUAAUGAAAGAAUUGGUAAAGAAAGAUGAUAAACAAAAAAGAACUAAUGUUCAAACAUCAUCACCAGUACAAUCACAACCAUUAAUAUUAGGAUUGGGCUAA